CAAUCCAAAUAUAUAUAAAUUCACAUUUCUUCGCUUCUCCUUCAAUCCACCUUUUCAUUCCUUCCUUAAGCAACAUUUCUAGUCCAUUAUAUCUUUCCAUUUAUAUAUACACUAAAGAACUUGUGUCUAUUCUGCUUCACUCGAUACAUCAUCGAUCAAUGGUUUUUCUUAAGGCUUUUUCUUGCUUUACUAUAAUCUCGGAUAAGGUGGCCGAUUGUAGUAGUGAUAAUGACUGUUGUAGCACCACCACUACUGUCAAACGAAAUGAUGUAAUUAGUGUGACCAACAAGUUUUCAUGGGAGGAGAUAAGGAAAAGAAGCAAGAAUUUUUCAAAAGUUAUUGGCUCUGGCGGUUUUAGUACUGUCUACCUAGCUCGGCUACCAGAGUCGUCGUCUGGCUUAGCUGCUGUCAAGGUCCAAUUGGCUUGCACUGAGAGGCUAGCACGAAUUUACGACCAAGAGCUUCAAAUCUUGCUUAGACUAAAACAUCCAAAUAUUGUUAAGUAUCUUGGAUAUUGUGAUGACAGGGAAGAAGAGCGCGUGCUUUUGUUUGAGUAUGCAUCCAAUGGUACUUUACAUGAUAAGCUUCACAACAGCAGAGGUGACGUGACGCUGACAUGGAGAACGAGGAAGUUGAUUGCCUUUCAGCUUGCUGCAGCCUUAGAAUAUCUUCAUGGGAUACAAAUUAUCCAUGGAGAUAUCAAAGCUUCUAAUGUACUUUUAGACCAACAACAGAACUGCAAACUUUGUGAUUUUGGGUCGGCUAAGUUAGGGUUUACUUCCAUGGUGUUACCUCCAUCUUCGACAAAGAUGAACAGAAUGAUUAUGGGAUCACAAGGUUACGUGGAUCCACAUUAUUUGAAAACAGGAUUAGUUUCAAAGAAGAAUGACGUUUAUAGCUACGGAGUCGUUCUUUUGGAACUUAUUACUGGGAGAGUAGCGUUUAGUUUCGAGAAAGGGGAGAAGUUGACGGAGAUUGCUGGUCCAGCGGUGAGUGGGGUAGUGAGCGUGGAAACAAUGGUGGAUCCACGGCUAAGACACUGUGAUGGGUUCAAUUUAGAGGAGGCGAAGGCUAUGGUUUCAUUGGCUGGGAAGUGUAUUGGUGGUUCACCCAUGGCUAGGCCUUGUGCAGCUGAGAUUGUAGCAUUCAUGAAGAAUAAAUUUCAAUCUGUUACACAAUUGUAAAGAUUGAUGAAAUGUUUCCUCAUGUAAAUUGAUGUUCUAUUUUUGAUCCUUAUUCGAUAUACUUUUUAAUCUUUGGUUAUGUGAUAGGCUUGUUCUUCGGUUGGAGCCAAUGUAUUGAUCAAUUAUUCAUUUGUGCUUUUAAUCUUAGUUAAAGAUUGUGUGAAA